CCUCGGACGGCUUCGACAUCUCACUGCUCAUCUCGCCCCUUCUGCUCCUAUCAGAUCUUUCAGUAGUACCUCUAGUAUCAUGGCCGCUUCCCUUCCAUCGCAGAUGCGCGCCUGCUCCAUUGCAAAGCAGGGCGGUCUGGAGAACAUUGCCGUCGACUCGGUGGAGGUUCCCAGCGUAGGCCCGACCGACGUGCUCAUCAAGGUCGGGUACGCAGGAGUGAACAUGAUCGACACCUACCACCGUGGGGGCGUGUAUAAGCUCGAAACGCCCUUCACUCUCGGCACUGAAGCCUCUGGCACCGUCGCUGCUCUUGGCUCUAACGUCAUGGACCUCAGCGUGGGAGAUCGAGUCGCCUCGUAUGGUCUCGGCGCAUUUGCAGAGUACUGCAAGGCAGCACGGGCAAAGGUGGUGAAGCUUCCCGAGGGACUGGGAGACAAGGAAGGAGCUGCGGCUCUGCUGCAGGGACUAACGGCAUGGACGUUGCUCAAGGAAGCGUAUCCGGUCAAGAAGGGAGAUUGGGUGCUGGUGCAUGCAGCUGCUGGUGGAGUAGGACUGCUGCUAUGUCAGAUGGCCUCCUACCUCGGCGCCCACGUAAUCGGCACCACCUCCAGUGAGGAAAAGGCCAAGAUCGCAAAGGAGAAUGGCGCAGAGCACGUACUGCAAUACGGCGAGGGAUUCGUAGACAAGGUCCUAGAGCUCACCGGAGGAGAGGGCUGUGCAGGAAUUUACGACGGUGUUGGCAAGGACACCUGGGAAGACGAUUUCAAGAUCAUCGCCCGCAAAGGCACCAUUUGCACCUUCGGCAAUGCCUCCGGUCCCGUCGAGCCCUUCCCUGCACUCAAGCUAGCCGCAAAAAAUGUAAAAGUCUGCCGUCCCACACUGGGGAAUUACGUCUACACGCAGCAGGAAUUCGAAGGUUACUCGGCGGAACUCUUCAAGCUGAUUGCAGAUGGCAAGCUAAACUUGAGAGUGCAUGGAGAAUACCCUUUUAGUGUCGAGGGGAUUAGGAAGAGUCAGGAGGAUAUCACUAGUAGGAAGACGAUGGGGAAGCUAGUCAUCAAGGUGGGCCAGGACUGAAGAAGCAAAAUGAGCCAAAUUGGAUGAAGUGUUCUUGAUAUCUACGGCAGGGUCUCUGAGUACGAAUGAAUGUGAAGCUAUGUACUAUUUGCCCUCCAAAUACCUUCGUCCAUGCUACUACUCCUCAGUAAUCCUCUUCCAAAUGGAGCGACCCCCGCCACU